GGCGCGCAUGCGCAGUGUCAGUGGCAUGUUCUGACUGUAUGUUGUCUUACUCAAAUACAUACAGUGCAUAAAUCAAGCUUAUUUUGUACGAAAGGGUACAAUUAUAGCGUCUUUUCUUCCUAAAUUCAGACCACAGGACCCAGCAGACUUUCUCAGACUCCCCAAGGCAAUAUUCCACUGCCAGACAGGUUCUGCUUUUUAAUGUCCACUAACUCAGAAGUACUUCCGGCCAACAUGUGCACCAGACUUUCCCGCCGUUUGAUGCCCCUGCUCCUCGCCAUGCUACUUUUUGUCCUGUACAUCGCCACACAAGCCGUACUGAAAUGCCAGGCUAGUAACCAACCGCACGGAACCCUGGGAAUACGCAGACUCCGCGGUAUAUACGGGAACGAGGUGAUAAGGAAACUUGGAGGGAUAUCGGUGAAUGAGGUGAUCGAAGAAAAGUCGGUAACAACCUCUUCAAAACGACUCAAAGCGUUCCUGGUUAUUCUUAUACCGACGGGACCGAAGUAUGUGUGGAGAAGAAACACGCUAAGAGAGACUUGGUUCAAACUGGCAGACGAGAACGUUAUUCAGCGUUUCGUCAUAGGCAUGAAGUCUUUGGACAAGAACGCAACAGACCUUCUCGUCGAGGAAAACAAAGAACAUGGCGACUUGGUCUUUCUGUGGGACUUCAGUGAUUCUUACGGUGGACUAGCAGCAAAGGUGUUAAAAACUUUUCAGUGGCUGGACGAAAACGUGGACUUCCAGUAUGUCUUAAAGACAGAUGACGACACAUUUGUGAGAACCGAACUCCUUCAGAAGGAACUUAAAGAAAGAGACGUCCAGACGAAACUUUUCUGGGGGUUCUUUAGCGGCAAGUCUCCUGUUCACAAGGAAGGAAUAUACGAAGAAAAGGACUGGUUCUUGUGUGAUACGUAUCUUCCCUACGCGUUUGGAGGCGGUUACAUCUUGUCUGCGGAUUUGGCGCAUUUUAUAGCCCGUAACGCUCAUUGGUUGAAACCGUACAAAAGUGAGGACGUGUCCAUGGGGGCGUGGCUAUCUCCGCUGGACGUGUUCAGGGUGCACGACCCAAGGUUCAACUCGGAGCACGAGUCUCGCGGCUGCAUGGACGACUACCUGAUCAACCACAAGGUGUACGACGAGGGCAUGAAGGCCCAGUACAAGCAGGUCAUCGAGACGGGCAGACUCUGUCCGAAGGAAGUGCUGAAGAGAAGGUCUUACAUCUACAACUGGAACGUCCCACCAUCCCAAUGCUGUAACAGGUCGUGGGGGAUAAUCUAACGUCUAUGGUCCUGUAACAUCUAUAUACAGUAAUACUGUAUAAUCUAUGACCCUGCAAUAUGUGUAUACAGUAAUACUACAAUCUAUUGUCUCAAGAGAAGGUUUUACAUCUACAAAUGGAACGCCCCCCAGCCCAAUGCUGUAACAGGUCUUGGGGGAUGAAUUAACAGCUAUGGUCCUGCAGUAUGUGUAUGUAGUAGCCCCCGUCUCGGUUAUUGGGCAUACCUAGCCUAUACCAGACUUGAGAAGCGGCUGUUAUAAUUAGAAAUUACCCAAAUAGACGGAUAACACGCCAGGGGAGUCAGUCCGCUAAACUAGUACCGUUCAGGAGGUACAAAUUGUACUCCUCUAGCGGACCAACUCCCCUGGUAAGUUAUAGUAUAUGGUUUGUUUAAAAAUAGAAACGGCUAAUUGUGACAGACAAGCAGAAUCGAUCUAUUCCAAAUAAGGGUGUCCGUCGAAAAUUUUGUGUGCCCUCUGGAGUCUUCUGAAGACAGCGUUGUCCUCGGUGGAGUGUCUUGGGCCUAGAUGGAAAAUUAAAAUCCAAUCAUCAUAAUGUAAUUUAAUUAUGUUGUGAAAGACACUAAAACUUUACCACGUUUUAACAUGGAUUACAUUGUGUGUUAGAUAUCUAAGAACUAUUUGUAUUGUGUAUUUAUUAGCACAAAUCAUGUAGCAAGUUCCAUGGUAAUCUGGUACUCUUUUGAAAGUUACAUGUAUGUUAGUAUUAAAAGGUUGAAAAAUAAAUUGUUCAUAUCUUG